AUGUCAACUUCAUUCACACCUUAUUAUAUUGAAGAUUAUGAACCAGUCUCUGUUUAUUUAAGCAGACCUGAAGAUUAUGAACCAGCGCCUACUUACUCAAAUAGGUCUGAAGAUUGUAAAUCAACGUCAGUCUAUUCAGAUAGAUAUGAAGAAUGUGAACCAACACCUACUUGCCAGAAUAAACCCGAAGUUAGUGAAACAAAUCAAGUUAGUAACUGCAAAGUUGUACCUACUAG